UUCGCAGGACAGCGCCGUGUCCCCAGGGUUUUCGGGAAACGUUUGCGUGUUUCCACUACGUGACGCAGGUGUCCAGAGAUCACAAGAGCUCUGCUGUCAAACAUUAACACAGUGUAAAUCCCACACGCCAUUUACUACUCGUCAGUCCCCCAGCAUGCACUGGAACAUUGCUGUCGUGUCUCGGCACAUUCUGUGACAUUCUAUCUGCUCUUUUCAUUCCCAUCGGAUUCGCUGUAUGGAGCCUUCAAUGUAAACACUUGCAGUUUGGUAUGAACAGUUAUCUCCACAGAUGGCAAAUCUCUUUGCUGACUCCCUGUGGGGAAUGUCACACAACAGGAAAGGCCAGGAAGGAGCUUAGGAAAGGUGCUCGCGGCCGUGCGAGUCUGCGCCUGUGGGAACCAUACUGCGGACUUGCUGCAAACGGAACCGGGAAUUUGGUGGGAAUGUGCGCGCUGCCACUCUGCCACGGGCCCUGCAUUCAUCACUAGCUUAUGGAUUUAAGGAGUCAUCUGCUCCUGCUGCUCUGCAUGGCUGCCUCUGAGAUUCCGGACGCUCGAGCCAGACCAGCCGACUUUGUGUGCGAUGAUAGUGCCAGGAGAGACAUGAACAAGGCCAAGGAGCUGGAGGCAGCUAUGAACGCGUGUGGUGGAUCGUCCGUCCUCCCCGUCCCCGUCCAGCUGCCCUGCGCGAAGAUUCAUAAGGCAUCCUGGGAAAUACAAACGCUGCUGGAGAAAAGAGCUGAGAUCUGCGCAGCUCUGGAGAUGCUGAGGGGGGCCGUGGUGGCGGUGCGAGGCCACUUCCUGUCGUCGUGUCAGUCCAUCCUGUUGGAGCAGCUGGACAGCAGCGUGACCAACCAUCUCCUCAUAGUGAGACACCUGGCACUCCCAGGGACAGGUGUGCAGGGAGACACGGAGCGCCUGGACUCGACGUGCCGUAGCCGAGACACCCGGGACCUGCGAGACGUCCUGCAGCUGUACAGCUCUCUGCUCAGAGGCAAACUGGAGUGGCUCAUUGGGGACCUGGCCGAUUCCUGCCAUGGGGACAGCUGACUUCUCUCAGAUCAGGACAUCGGUGUCCAGGGGUCCCCAUGCACACACACACAUGCGCUGACACGCACACAGGGGUGAUGUGCUCCGCUUGGAUACUGACUCCCAAGGACUUGGGACAGUGGAGCUGCGCAACUUUGAGGUGAAGAAACUGGACCUUCUGUUGAUCCCUGGUCACGCUGCUGUGACACGCCGAUGAAUUUUGCUGAAGAUACAAAACAUACACAGUAUGAUUAUUAUCCACACACUGAUAGUUCCAUAUUUUCAUAUAUGAGUAUAGUCAGCAUGUAUUUAUUUAUGAGGAGCAAUAUGAGAAAAAUUACACUGAAUUAGGAACCUUUGAGGCUUGGGACAUUGGAUUGGACGCGCGCACGUGGUGAGGGGGAGAAGCGAGGGCAGUGAGUUCAAAAGGGGCUGGGGGGGGGGGGUGGAGGAGCUGGAGAUCCCCAGCACCCCCACCCUGGUGACAACAUCAGUGCUGGGUCGCCUCCCCUCACUGCCUUAACUACCACCUUAAUCUGAAAGUUGUGGCAACAUGUUGUUGUUAAAGUGAAUGUAGAAGAGGAGAUGUUACAUAGAUUGUGCCGUAAUCCUUUUUUUUUUUUUUAUUGACUGUAGCUGCAGUUUGAGAAAACAAAUAUAUUUUUUUAUUCAAUACGGAACGAUCCGUUCUCAUAUGAAUGCUUUUAUAACGCUUUGCUGUUGUUGUCAGCCUUCGGUGUUCACAACCUUGAAAGAGGACCUUUUUGGAGGCGUGACGCUCAAAGUGCCGUUGAAUCCAUGCCAACGCUUGCUGACACUUUCGGAGGUGCCCCAGUAAGUUCCAUUGGUGCUGACAGUCGAAGCGACAGUAGACGCGGCCCUGAGUCCAUCCCUCUGGUCACCUCCUGUCCUCUUCAUCUUUUCCUCCAACUUGUCCAAACAUCACUGAGAAUCCAACCGUCUCAUGACGUGUCCAAAGGACAACAACCUUGGUCUCUUCCUCUGAGCGUCCAGUGACAGUUCUGGUUCGAUCUGAUCCAACAUCCACCUGUUUGUACUCUCUGUCUCUGUCCACAAAGCACCGGAACAUCUCCUACGGCACCAAGGUUCAAAGGACUCUGUGAUUCUGGCGUUUUGUAUCUUCAGUGUCCAACGCCGACAUCCACUCAGCGUCAAAGACAUUACACACAUUUACAUUUAUUAAUUUU